UGAUAGUGUAUCAGUCAAAUAAUGAAUAAACAUGUAACUUACACAUAUGUGCUAAUACACAUACUAAUUGGAUAUGCAAUAUGUGCAGAUAAGCUAAACAAAUUACAGCCUGAUGUUACUAACGAUGAUGACGAUAUUGAUGGUGAAAAUUAUGAUUUAGUGGUAAAAGAACUAGAAACACUACUUGACGAUGGAGAAGAUUAUGAUUCGAAAAAAAUAUCAAAAGAAGUAGAAGAAAUAUUUGAUGAAGAUGAUGAGUCGUCUGAUGAUAGUUCUGAUGAGAUUGUAAGAGAAAUACAAAAAAUAAUUGAAGAUAAUAUCGAUGAACCUUCAAGUGCAUUAGAACAAGAUUCACGUAAUCUAAGUCCGUCACGAUCACCUUUCAAUUUUACCAGUUAUCAACCAACAAUUACUGCUGUCACAGUACAAUCUAGUGAUGCACCAGUAUCUAGUUCUGAACCCCAGGUAGUUCAACAACAAUCACCACAAUUGUUUAUACCUAUAAUACCAACACCAACUAAUUUUAUUCAUCCACAACUUUAUCGACCACCAUACUCGCCUCGAUUGCCUACUAAUUUUAUGCCUAAUAUUUCAAGUGGUCCGUAUGGAUUACAAAUUUUACCUAGAUAUCCUCCUCCAUUUACUUGGAGUCCUAGAUAUUUAAUACCAAGUUACCAAAAAUACCCUUAUCAACAACAUGCUGGAGGAACAGGAGUUAGUGAUAAACCAUCUCAACCUAGUGAACCUACUGAAUCACAAACUCAACCUCAAACUUCUGAUAAGCCAACCGAACCAAGUGGUACAGAUCAGCAGUUACAACCUGAACAUAUUCAAGUUGAAGUGGGAUCUGAUGAUGAAGAACCUGAAGAAGGUGCAGUUGGAGGAGCUGGAGGUGGUGAUGAAGAGGAAAAAGAUGGAAAAAGACGGAAAAAAAGAGUAGAAAAAUUAUCAACCUUUUUACCAGAAGUUAGAAAAUGUGAUAAAAUAACUUUUAUGAAAAAGACUGAUACUGAAGGAUUGAUUAAAAUGAUAUGGAAAGAUUUUUAUGUAUCAGGGUGUGGUUUGAAUAUAACUAAAUAUUCAUUUAUAGCUGAUCUUGAACAAUUGAUAUGUGAUGAUGAAGUUAUUUAUGAGCGUAAACCUGGAAAACCUUAUUAUAGAUCAGUGUGUUAUAAUAAUCAAUUAGGUUCUUUUGUUUUUGAAUCAAAAGGUGGUUUAUUAUUAUUAAGGUAUACGAAAGGUAAGUGGAAACCGAAUAAAUAUAAGCACCGAUGUCCUUUUAAAUUAUUUACCACUUCCGAUGGUGAUGGUAAUUCUGUUGAACUGACUCAUGAUGAUUAUUGUGUUGAUGUAGGUACGAAUGGAACAAUCAGAUAUAGAUUUUGUAAUAGUAUUAAAUGUACUAAGGUUAUGCUUGGAGAAGAAUUAGUUUGGGAGAAAGGUGUUAAUGAAGAACACCCCUUGGGACUAUGUACUUCUUAUAAUGGGAAAGUUGUUCUUUAUUUUGAUGGAUAUAACACCAUUUUUGGGAAAAGGUAUAAGAAAUAUGCAGUAUUAAGUAGUGGGAAGGAAGGAAAAUAAAUUUCAUUAAAUCCAAAUAAGGUUUUAAAAUUUACAUAUAAUAAUUAUUUUAA